AUGGACAGUGUUGAUGGCGAGAUUGAUGAGUUGGAAUUACCGAGUCUUUCCUUCUGGACCACCCUUUUUACGACCUUCGUCUUCUUCUACUUCGAUCUUUGUCCUGCUGGUCCCGGGACCACCAUUGCCCCUCUGCACUCCCUUUUUCUCCGGGUUCCCUCUGGAUCCGCCUUCUUGCCCGAGUCUCUGGCCCCUCCGGCGUGCCCCCCCACCUCCGAAGAGAUUUCUUCCGUCCUGAACAACAUUUUCAACGCGCAAAGUUCCCAGGACUCCCUGGAUGGGUCUUAUGCCUUGACAAACCUCUUGAUUCAAGGCGCCGGAACUGCCGGCCUGCUCAACUACAAUGUUCUGGCAGAGGCCAAGAAGGCAGCCACCGAUAAGAAGAGUGGUUCCCGCCGCGAGAGCGCCAUGUUGAUCAUCGGUGCCCUGUUCGAGCGUUAUCCCACCGCAUUCCCCCUAAGCGAGGUUGUGUUUUUGUUAAAGGAUGGCGGAAUCCUGAGUGUCGUGCUGGAUUCGCUUGCUGACAAGGGUGCUGUCGUCCGCGAUGCCGCUCAAUAUGCAGUGGAUGCCCUUUUCAACAUUUUGAGCCCAGAGGCUUUGGUGAAUGCCUUCCUGCCUGCUUUGGAAUCCUACCUUAGUAAGGGAACCGGAAAAUGGCAAGGAUUUGUCGGUGGCUUCAAACUCUUGGAAAAAAUGGCCCUCAAGGCUCAGAUUGGCAACGGCACCAAGGAAGAAGAGCGGCAGAAGGAUCUGUUGCGUGAGGCCAUGGGAAAGACUUUGAAGGAUUUGAUCCCUGUGGUUGAGUCUGGUAUUCACGACCUCAAGGCCGACGUCGCCAAGCAGUCACUUAAAGCUAUGAAUGCUCUCACCACCCUCCUCGAGAACGACGACGUCGCUCCUCGAGUUCCUCUCAUUAUUAAGACCAUGGAACAACCUUCUCCUCAAACUGUCCAGAAGGCUAUUCAUGCCUUGUCGCAGACCACUUUCGUCGCUAUUGUCACUUCUCCCGUCCUUGCGCUGUUGACCCCUCUGCUCGAGCGUUCCCUCAACAACCCAUCGACUCCCCAAGAAACUCUUCGCCAGACGGUGGUGGUUGUGGAGAAUUUGACAAAGCUGGUGCAUGACCCAGCUGAAGCACGUACUUUCCUUCCCAAGCUUCAGCCAGGUGUUAAGGGUGUCAAGGACCGUGCUUCUCUCCCAGAGGUUCGUGAGCUUGCCACCCGUGCACUGGAUGUGAUGGAGAAGGCCAUGGCCGACAACGACGUCGCGACCGGUGCUGUGUCCAAGAUUACUCCAGAGGAGGUUCUGGCUGUGCUCGACCCCAAGCUGCAAGAGAAUGGCGGCCUGACCGGCUUUGGCGACGCAGCCUUCCACGAGACUGCUAAGUUAUAUAUCGCUAGCUUGGUGCGUGAGGAUGUCAACGCUCGCAUGAUGGACCGCAUUCCUUCUUCCAUUGGCCCCUACCUCCGCGGCUUUUUUAGCGAUGAGCAGAUUGAGGCGAUCUCCACCGCUGUCCAGGCUCACUUUGUCGCCGAAGAUGAGCGCAAGUUUGGAAAGCCUGUCCAGGAGGAUCCUAACGAGGUUGAAAUUGUCAAUGCCAACUUCUCUUUGGCCUAUGGUGGUAUGCUACUGCUGUCUCAUACCAACCUGCGUCUUCUGAAGGGUCACCGAUACGGUCUUUGUGGUCGAAAUGGUGCUGGAAAAUCUACUCUGAUGCGCAGCAUUGCCAAUAACAAGCUGGAAGGUUUCCCACCUCCGGAGGAGGUGCGCACUUGCUUCGUGGAGCACAACCAGGGCGAGGAUGCCAACCUGAGCAUCCUGGAAUACGUUUCCAAGGACCCUGCCGUUGCCUCCGCAGGAAAAGAGCACAUCAGCAACGUCCUCUUGGAGUUUGGCUUCACCGAUGGCCCUGAGGGCCGUCAAGCUCAGCCAGUUGGCUCCUUGUCUGGUGGUUGGAAGAUGAAGCUUGCGCUUGCUCGCGCUAUGCUCAUGAAGGCUGACGUCCUCCUGCUGGACGAACCUACUAACCAUCUGGACGUUGCCAACGUCAAAUGGUUGCAGGAGUACUUGAAGAAGCACACCGACAUCACCAGCUUGAUCGUUUCUCACGAUUCUGGCUUCCUUGAUGCGGUCUGUACCGACAUCUACCACUACGAACAGAAGAAGCUCGUCUGCUACCCGGGUAACCUCGCAGACUUUGUCAAGGUCAAGCCCGAGGGAAAGAGCUACUACACCCUGUCCGCCUCUACUGUGCAAUUCAAGUUCCCUCCCCCUGGUAUUCUGUCCGGUAUCAAAUCCAACACUCGUGCUAUUCUCCGCAUGAACAAUGUCUCUUAUCAGUACCCUGGUGCUCCCAAGCCUUCAUUGACGGAUGCUUCCCUCUCUCUCUCCCUUUCCUCUCGUGUCGCUAUUAUCGGAGGCAACGGUGCUGGAAAGUCCACCUUCAUUAAGAUCCUGACUGGCGAAGUUAUUCCCCAGAGCGGAAAGGUCGAGAAGCACCCCAACUUGCGUAUUGGUUACAUUAAGCAGCACGCACUGGAGCACGUCGAGAUGCAUCUUGAGAAGACUCCAAGUCAGUAUCUCCAGUGGCGUUAUGCCAACGGUGAUGAUCGCGAGGUGUUCUUGAAGCAGACUCGUAUCCUCACUGAUGCUGACAAGGCCCAGCUGGAGAAGCCAGUUGACCUCGGUGACGGCCGCGGUGCUCGCCGCAUUGAAGCCAUCAUGGGUCGUCAAAAGUGGAAGAAGUCGUUCCAGUAUGAGGUCAAGUGGGUUGGCUUGCUCCCAAAGCACAACACGAUGAUCUCGCGUGAGACCCUCGUUGACCUUGGAUUCUUCAAGAUGGUGCAGGAAUUCGAUGAUCACGAGGCUUCUCGUGAGGGUCUGGGUUUCCGUGUCCUCGACCCUCCCACCAUCUCUAAGCACUUCGAGGACGUCGGUCUUGACCCCGAGAUCGCCAACCACAACGAGAUCUCCGGUCUCUCUGGUGGUCAGAAGGUCAAGGUCGUGUUGGCCGGUGCUAUGUGGAACAACCCUCAUUUGCUGGUUCUGGACGAGCCGACCAACUUCUUGGACCGUGACUCUCUUGGUGGUCUGGCUGUUGCCAUUCGUGAUUUCAAGGGCGGUGUGCUGCAUAUUGCCGAUGGCCGUGUCGUUAGCCGUACCAACAAUGCUGUCAACCUGGACCGCUUCGAGGAUAGUGCCGCGAACUCGCCCUCUGCCCCUGGCACCCCCGCUGCUGCCUCCACUAACACCAGUGCUGCUCCCUCGGCUGUCAACUCUGGUGACGAGGAAGGCGAGCUCAAGUUCCGUGCUAAGAAGAAGAAGAAGAUGACUCGCGCUCAACAGAAGGAGCGAGAGACCCGUCGCCGCUUGCGUCACAUCGAAUGGCUCAACUCUCCCAAGGGUACCCCUAAGCCUGUUGACACUGAUGAUGAGGCCUAA